AAACAAGUGUUUAAGAAUCAUUUUAUUUCUGUUAAAAAAAAACGGAGAAAUCUAAAUUUGAUUUUUUACAUGUCCUUGAUUAGAUUGGACAUUUGACCCAAGUGGUAAUAAUUAUGUGAAGUAUCCAAUACGUCAAGUAAUACGGUAUAUUAACGUUUUCCCAAUAUGGCGAAAUAUUUCAAGGCAUGUGCAUAGCUGAAUAUAUAUACUAAAAUGAUGGAUAUCGACGAAAGAUUUUCACACAUAAAGAAAGAUCCUCGUUUUAGGAUUAUACCCAACAAGAAAAAGAAAGUGAAGAUCGAUUCAAGAUUCCAGCAGAUGUUCAAUGAUGAAGAUUUCAAUACAAAAUAUUUUGUUGACAAACGGGGACGAAAAGUCAAGGAGAGUGCAUCAGAAGAUCUUUCCAAAUUUUAUGAAAUAUCUGAUGAAGAUGAACAAAUUGUUAAACCUUGUUCAGGUGAUCUUGAAAGCAGGGACAGUGAGAAGUUUUCAGAGGUCAUUCCCGAGGACAAAACUAAGCAAAAGAACAAUGCCAGGAGGAAGCAUAGUGUUGAAGUCAAGGAAAAUGGAAAAAGUAAAAAAAUACAUAAAAAUGAAACAAAAAACAAGAAUAUGACAUUGUCUCCAACAGAACAUGAAGUUAUGAAGAGUUUCCAAAAUCAAACUAAUGAUAACUGGCAUGACUUUGAUGCCAAUGUACCCAUGACUGAAGAAGCAACUCGUCGUCUAGCAGUUUGCAAUAUGAAUUGGGAUAAAAUAACAGUAGACGAUCUUUAUGUUCUCCUACAUUCCUUUGUACCAUCUGGCGGCAGUAUUUUAUCAGUAAAAAUUUAUCCUUCAGAUUUUGGAUUGGAAAGGAUGGAAAGAGAAGAUGAAAUUGGACCAAUGGAACUUGUCGCGGAACGUGAAGAUCAUGAUGAAGCAAGUGAACAUGACCAGGUUCUUGAAGAGGAAUUUGAUGAGGACGAGUUGCGUCGUUAUCAAAUUAAUAGAUUGAAAUAUUUCUAUGCCGUUGUUGAGUGUGACGCGCCUGAAACAGCAGAAAAGAUAUAUGAGGAAUGCAACGGUUUGGAAUACGAAGCGAGCUCUUCCCUUGUCGAUCUCAGAUUCAUUCCUGAUCACAUGACUUUUGAGAGAAAGCCUACGUCACAAGCGACCGAAAUGCCAUCGAUAGAAAGCUACAAACCUUCAGAGUUCAUCACAACAGCUUUACAACAGUCGACCGUACGCUUGACCUGGGACGAGACAGAUCCUCGUCGUGUACAAACGACAAUGAGAAACUUCAGUAAAGAUGAUCUACUUGACAUUGAUUUCAAAGCUUAUCUUGCUUCGUCCAGUGAUGACGACAGCGCUCGUGCAUCUGAGGAGUCUGGUGACGAGGAAGAGGAUAAGAAAAUCGCUAAAUACAAGGAGAUUCUUGGAGAAAUAAAGAAAAAAGAAGAGCCAGAGGAAAAGGAAAUGGAGAUCACGUGGGAUGUUGGCUUGAAGGCGUCAGCCGAAGAAUUGGUGAAGAGAAUAAAAGAUGAGACGUCACGAAAAGAAUUGACGCCUUGGGAAAGUUAUCUCAAAACAAGAAAAAAUAAAAAACGAAAGAAGCAGCAGGAAAAGCUGAAGGAAAAUAACGAUGACGACGAACUACCGGCUGAUGUUGAUCUUAGUGAUCCAUUUUUUGCUGAAGAAAGGACAGGUACAGUAGGGAUCAUUAAGGAACUUAGCAGUAAUGUUUGUGUUUCAACCAAUCCGUCUUUUCCAAUUAAGGCUGAACUUCAGUUGCUCAUGAUGGACGACGAUGACGAUCGUGAGCACUUCAAUUUAAAGUCAAUAAUGAAGAAUGAAAAGUCGAGGAAGAAACGAAAGCAAAAGACCGAGGAAAAUAUGAAAGAUAAUUUUGAAAUCAAUGUUAACGACAGCCGUUUCUCCGCUUUAUAUUCUUCUCAUCUUUUUGCUGUGGAUCCUUCUGAUCCUCAAUUUAAAAAAACAAAAGCAAUGGACUCAAUAAUCCGUGAGAAACAGCGCCGUUCUGAAAACAAAAAUAAUGAAAUGAACACAAAUAGAAUUGAGAAGAAAAAAAUUCAAAAUUGUGAUGAAAAAAGACUUGUUGACCCUGGACUCACUGCACUCAUCAAAAGUGUCAAGUCUAAAGCUGGAAAAUGCAAGGGGAAAAGGGGAAAUGAACACAUGAAAAUAGCAAUUGAUCAUGAUGGAUGCAUUACGAUACAAUGUUCUAAAAGUUCCUUUCAUUUAUGUCGUUUGACAAUGUACGUAUGGAAGUGAUCCUAUCCUAAAUAUUACAUAGGCAAUGAUGCAGGACAAGACAUAUAUUUGUACAAGAUCAAACCAAGCAAAUAAGAUUAACAGAAUUUA